GACAAAGUAUUUUCUUUCUUGGAUGACGAAACCCUGCUCAAGUCGAUACGACUCGUGUGCCCUGUUUGGGCAGACAUUGCUUGCGUCUCACUUGGGCGACGAUGUGGCGUGACCUUUAAAGCGGUCGAGUCAUGUUGUUCUUGCCGUGAUAAGGAAUCCUGCAAGGACCUGAAAUAUUUCAAUCCACAGCUAGCCAGGAAGAUUACGAUCGUUAUCGGCUGCGAUUGCAGUCCAGCAAGCGAUGAAAAUUUUGAAGGAGACACCUUCCUCGAAAAGCUUGUUCACAUUUUACCAAAAAUUAAUGAGUCUGUUGAAGAACUCCGCCUAAUUCUACACGCAAAAGUGGGACCCCACUGGCGGGAAAUGUGGAUGGCCUUUGCACAAAAUUUCCCAAAGUUGUCUGAGACUUCGAUUAGCCUUACAACACUGACUCUUCUACCCUCGGAGGAUACGGAAGCAGUUGAUGAAGUUAUGUCCAAAUUUAAGCAAAUUAAAGUUGACCUUGUCCUCGUUGUGGGACGAUUGGGGGGAUCAUGCCAAUACCUUUUACCGUCUCAGAGCAACAUUGUACUCAUUUAGAAAUUUGAAUUUACCGCGGGUGAAGGUGGUGAUUCAUAAAAUGGCGAAUAUGAAUACGUUAGCAGCAAUUUUGGAAGGCGUAGCAGUAUGGGAGGGAAUAGAAAAUACGCAGAUCGAAUUUUUAAUACCCGUUGACGUCACCGCAUUGAUGACUGAUAGGCUCAAAUAUGCACUCCUUUUAUGCAGAUCAAUGCGAUAUGUGACUAUCGAUGGAAUUAAGGUAAAUGAGCAAGGCUUUACGUCGUUUAUUUCCCAAAAUAACCUGGCAAUUGUAAUUGGACCCAACAGUAUUUAUAUUAAUCCGAACGAAGACAGUUGACGCGCAGUCGUAGGUUGAUUAAUUAAGAAACGCAUUUAAUGUAAUCCAUA